AUGUCUACACUCCACAAUAUCUCCAAUCCCCAUGUCACCAUUCUAAACAGUACCAGCGACGACAACAACGACGGCAAUACCGCAGAUCAAGACCAUCAUCUCCUUAUGGACCCAGAAAGACGCCAUCAGGAUCAAGAACAGCGCCACCCAGGACAAUCAGCCGUCGCCACCAUUCUCUCCUCCGAACUUUAUUCGUCCCUCGCCGAUUGUGAACACACAUCCACCGGUUGGGCUCAAUCUCGAUGGUCCCAUCAGUCGCCAGGAUCAUCAUCACCCAAGGUUGACUCUUCGACUAUCGAUAAGCUCUCUGGCAGUCUCGAGAAUACCCUGACCACGUCGCUCUCGAAAAACAACAACAACGACAACAACAACAACAACAGCAACACAUGGGAACGGGAACGGGAAUCAAGGCUCUCAAAAUCGUUGGCAUCCACUCUGUCUUCAGUCCAUGAAAGCUUCGCCCACGCCCCGCAACAACAACAACAAGAAGAUGCAACGGAGACUAUGCAGACAGAUCGCUCUUACAUCGCUCCUCUUACGACAACAACGACGCAAGCUGCUCGGCCACUUAUCUCGAUCGACACUUCGCCCCUUGCACUACAACGACGACGCUCUCCCGCUUCAUUCGAACCUUUGCCCCUCGCUCACCAUAACCAACAGGCGACUUCAAAAUCCAGCUCGACCGAAAGUUCGAACAACAGCUCGGCUUUCUCACGGCACCCCCGCAGCUGCAGUAACAACACCCCUAGUCAACUCUCCCUUGGACUCAACUCAUGCAGAAAGACAAACAUAAACCCGCCUACUUCGAUUCUCUCUUCGUCAGCCCCAAAAGGUUUACCAACGCCGUCUACAACGCCGUCGACCCCUCCAAAGCGGCGAAUGCCACUCACCUGGAAUCUACCACCUGAUCAUCCAAAGGAGAUCUCACCGCCCAGCCAAGGCUCGUCCCACGCACUUUCGUCUGCUGUGCCCAUUUUCUCUACCCCAACAGCCGACGGACAGGACCACCAAACGACCAACAACAACAGCCACGCCCCCUAUAUUCCCAUCAACCGAUACCGAUCAAAGUCGUUUUCGCCGUCUGUUGCCCUAGAAGACUCUUUUGCUUCCACUUCCUCUGGUAAUCGAAGCCACAGUUUUUCGGCAAGACCUUUCGUCACCUCAUCUUCCUACAGCUCACUUCCGUACAGUCCAGCAGUCGCCUUUCUGUCCAACUUUGUCGAUGUCACCGCACCAAAGAUAUCUCUGGACGAGGAGGGAGCCCAGGUCGGCGAGUAUUUGCUAGGACGAGUCAUUGGCCACGGAGGCUUCUCGAUUGUCCGCGAGGCGACGUCGAUCCAGAUGGACGAGGGUGGUCAAGUGGACCGGGUGGCGGUCAAGAUUGUCAAGACGCAGACAGGGGCGACUGAUAACGAUCGAGUCCAAAAAAUGCUGCGAAAGGAGAUUGCGAUCUGGAGUCAAAUCUCCCACCCGCAUGUCCUCCCUUUUCUUGCGGUCGAGGAACUCCCAACGGACACGUUCAUCUUUUGUGAGCUCUGUACGGGGGGUCAUCUGUUGAACUAUCUCUCUCUGAGAAGUGAUUCGCUCCCUCAGUCGUCGAUGCCAACGACGCCCAGGUCGGCCAAGCCACUGGAGGAGGAUAAUGCUAGAGUGAUUUUCAACCAAGUUGCGGAGGCUGUUCGACAUCUGCAUGAGGAGAAGCGGAUUGUGCAUAGGGAUAUCAAGCUGGAAAACAUUCUGCGACAUGAGGAUGGGACUUGGAAGAUUUGCGAUUUUGGACUGGCCGAGUAUCAGGACGAGGAGGCAGCUGCGUGUUUUGGCGAGUCGCUCAUAUCCCCCGCAGACUCUGCCUCGACCUCUUUCACCAGCCCCAACUGUGGUGCUGGUGGAACAACGCCAGUGAAGACAGAAGAAGAGGAGAAACAGGAAGAAGAAGAUAUUUGCGGAGGAUCCCUCGCCUACAGUUCACCAGAACAAUUGAGGUCCCACAAGCCCCUUCGAUGUCCCUCCUCCGAUGUCUGGUCACUGGGCGUUGUGCUGUAUGCACUCCUGACAGGUCGACUCCCCUUCCAGGACGAGUAUGAACCCCGGUUACUGCACCAGAUCCUGAAUGGCCGAUACGAAGAUCCGGUCGAAUGCAGCGCCGAGGCGAGGGACUUGCUCAAGAAUAUGUUUAGGUCCAAGCCGGAGGAUCGUUGGCGUGUUGGUCAGGUGAAGGAUAGUGCCUGGUGCAAGGGGAUUACUGACCAUAGUUUGGGUGUUGGUGGCGACUUUUUGUCUUCAAGAGGAGGAGGAGGAGGAGAGGCCAUGUCGACACUAACCCAAGCAGAGGCUGAGCUGGAGCGGGAAGAAGAGGAAAUGUUAGCUAUGACAAGGCUUUUGAAGCAGGUCGACGAGACCGAGGCGGUGUCGGUCGCCAGAAAGAUGAUGCUGGAGGCCAGUGGAAGCUCCGAGGUGCCAAACGGUGCGGGAGCAGAGUCAAGUGUAAACGGUCACUUAGAAGACUCUGUAACAGCACAACAGGACGAUACUAUUGUGGAUCAGUCGAGUCAUGUGAAUGGUGCGGCAUCAACUAUGAAUGGUAGCACGACUGCAUCGGAGCAGGACGGUGAACGCUGGGUGGGCAAUCUCACUGUGGAGAACGUUGAGAGGCAGAACGACACCCAUGAGAAGGAGCGUCUGGAGCAAUCGCAGGAUCUGGAUCGAGAUAUCAUAUCGGCUCAACAGGAACUCUCCACCUCGGCUGCCGGUGUAUCUACCGUUGCAGACGAGUCUGGGGACCACACGACCAAGCGAUCAAGCCUUCGAGCCAGCGCUCGCAAGACUAAUCAAUCUCAGGACGGCCACAACGGAACAUCGACUGACGCGUCAAGUAGACCUGCUCGAGGUGUCUCCUCUGCCCGAUCGGAUGUGUCAGACAGCUAUUCUUCCAAUGACUCCAUCGCCUCUUUGGCCGCAAACCUCCCCGUCAUCUUCAGGCCCGAUGAUACCGAGGGCUCUACAUCAGCGAUUGUUUCUGGUUUUGAGAUGAGCAUCAAGGACUUAACUCAACCACGUCUCAGCCAAGCCCUGAUCUCCAGGAAGGCACGUACCAUCUAUGCUCCAGAGGCGACCAAGGCACAGCCAGUCCCCAGCAGUCCUGAGAAUGUGAAACGCCGUCCCGGACGACCUCCAGGCUACUUUCUCGGACCCACAUCCUGCGCAUUCUGCCGUCAGCAGCACCGUCGAUGCGACUACAACACCGUUUGCCAUCGUUGCAUCAAGGCCAAGAUACCCUGCGACCGUAGCGGGACAGUGGAACGACCCAGUAUCAUUGUACGGGAAGCCAGGAUCCAGGCCAAGGCUGAAGCUGCGGCUGUGUUGGAGCUUGCUGUUGCUGCUGGUUAUGCUGAGCAGCCCGAUCCCAAAGUGGUGGUUAAACCCAAACCAAGAGCCACUACGACGGCUUCUCGUUCAAGUGCGCGAGUUCAGUCUUGGGAUCAAGGGUCAUCGUCAUCAUCAUCAUCAACAACUGGCUCAGCAGUGCGGGAGGGUGUAAAGCGAAGGCGCUCGCCAAGCCCAAGUUCCAUCAGCAGGGACAACAUCAUCCAGCAGAGGGUCAAGAGGGUGGCUGCAGCAAGGAGUGCCAAAGCCCACGAGCCCAAUCCACCCCUAAAGUCAAGCAGGGCAACAGCCGCCAACAGGAACAAAGCCGAAUCAUCUCGCCAAGGACCAUCAAGCAUAUCUACCUCUGAGGAUGAGCAGCCCGAGGUAAAUGAGAGCGAUUUUGCUGACUACAAUGACGACCACAUAUCGACACAAGCGGAUGGAGCCACCUCAACGACCUCCAACCCCACGUCAAGCACCUCUACUCCCACUGCAUCCAAAACCAAGAAAGUCCCAGUUGGCAGCAGCACUAUUUCCAAGUUCGCUACUCUUGAAACGACCGUUCAACGAGCAUACAAGAGUGCGGCAGAGCUGGCGCGGAUCGCACCACCCAAUGCCCUACAAAAAACCGCGAGGGUGAGAGUGAGGGUGGCAAAGACGGCAGAUACGACAGGAAAGAGAAAGGCAGGACGACCACCAGGAGGGAAGUUUGUCCCCACAUCGGCGCAUUUGACACCAGCCAACCAAGCGAUCCUCAUUCGUGCUCAAUCAGUCACCAAUCCGCAGGCAGUUGAGCCAGAGACGAUGCGGAUGAUGAUGAUGUUGAAACGCAGACCAGGACGACCUCCAUGGAAACACACGUUACCCCAACCCGACCCAGUCGUCAAGAGGCCAGUGGGGCGACCCACGAACGCAGAGAGAUUUGCGCUGAACCCAAGCUUGAUCCCCCCUCCAAAGACUCUCGACCCUAACAGGCGUGGGCCUGGCAGACCUAUUCGGUCACCCAAUGCCCCUAAUGCAUCCACCAGUUCCUCUACUCAAGCCAAAUCUCUCAUCCCUGCCCCGUCCUCAAAGUCAAACUCUUCCAAGGCCACCUCCGCUCCCUCCAGGUCUGUUAUUCCGGCGAAGCGCACUCAUGCCACGGCGUCAGCCAGCCAUGCCCAGGCUUCAGCCUCCACAAGUACCGCUUCGAAAGGAAAAUCGGUCGCCUCUCGAGCUGUGGACACUGUCGACGAUGACACAGAGUCUAACAAGAGCGACCCUACCAAGUCGAAUGUGCGUUUGGUGAAGAAGGCGUACCUCAAAUCAGGGUUGUAUUCAUCGGAUCUGAAGGUCAACCCGGACGAGAACGCGGCCAAGAAUGGCAGGACAUUGGGAGCUUCGAGGGCGAUUGUGAGUAGUCGACAGCGGGCCAAGGCAGAGAGUGUGGUGGCAGCCGCCAACAACAACAACAACAACAACAACAACAACAACAACUCUUUCUUUGAGUUGCCGAUCAACUAUGGCUCCGUGUUGAUAUCGAGGCAGACGGAUUUUACGUUGCCAUUCGACAUCAUGCAGGCGUGGCAGCUGGGUCUGUUGCGCAAAACCGUACAACCCGAGCCCUUCAUCAAGAUUCGAAGCAACAUCUUUGUGGAGCGUAAACGCCGGACAGAGACAAGCCCCAUGGUCUGCCAUUGUAAACCUCCACGCCCGGAUCAAGGGCGGAUCGGCUGUGGUGAUGAUUGCUACAACCGAGUCAUGUUUUACGAGUGUAUCUCUGCGCAUUGUCCCUGCGGAGACCUAUGCUCGAACCAGCGGUUCCAAAAGAGACACAACGAAGACAACCUCCGUGUCAUCUGGACUCAAGAACGUGGAUUCGGUAUUCAGACAACAGCUCCUAUCAAGAAGGGGAACUUGGUCAUUGAGUACCGUGGCGAGGUGAUUUCUCAGGCAGAGUGUCACAAGCGCAUGGAGGGCAUUUACAAGAAUAACAAAAACUUUUACUUUCUCGAGUAUGAGAAGGGUGAGGUCGUGGAUGCUUGUCAAAAGGGUACCAACGCUCGAUUUGUCAACCACAGUCAGAUUGAGAAGUGGUUCUUGAACGGCGAGAUGAGCAUUGGAAUCUUUGCCGCGCAGGACAUUCCUGCAGGAGCAGAGAUCAGUUACGACUACAACUUUUCGUCGUUCAGUGGAGCACAGAAGCAAAAGUGUCGAUGUGGAGCUCCCAACUGCCGCGGCUAUAUCGGCGAACGUCUCAGUAAGAACAAAGAGGCAGCAGCUAUGGCAUCAACCAAGGAGGUCUCAGGACGAUCCGGAAGCAAAGUCAGCGCGAAGAAGCGCAAAACCGGACGUCGCGGGGUGAGCGAGCAGGAUCCGUCCUCGCUGCGAAUGGGCCAGAUGCCGCGCGUUGGCUCAAUUCGACAGCGCCAAUCAGACAAGUACAAGGAAGGCAAGAUGGCCGCAAUCCGAUACACGCGUCUCUUCUUGUUCCGUAACAUCCGUCUUGUUGAAUCAAAGUACGUGAAAUAUGCACAAACCAAGUCUAGGAGCUUCCAGGACAGGGUCUCUCCUACAUGGCUUGCACAAGCGCGGGAAUGCCGUAAACGCAGUCUGGAGGGCGUCAUUGAGGAACUCCGAGAAAACGCUUCGGCGCAGGCUGCGGCAGUGAACCAGGAGCGCUUUGCUGCUGAUCUUGAACAUGCUGGGAGCAGCAUUGCAGGCGAUGAUGCCUCAGAGUUCUUGCAGACGGCCUCUAUUGUGGAGAUCCAGGACACUGAUCUGGAGGAGGAGGAUGGUGGAGAUGGUAUAAGUCAAUAUGACUUGUCGGAAGAGCGUUCGCGCUCGCCUAGUCACGGAAGUCAGCAGCAUUACACGGAUGAUGUGGAUCAAUAUGAAGAAGAAGAAUACGAGAAGGAUUUUGAAGGGAAUGCUGGUGGAGAAGAGUGUGCAGACGAGGAAGACGAGGAAGUUGAGGGAUCGGCAGCUGGAGAUGAGGCAGACGAGGAGGAGGAGGGAGAAGAAGAUUUUGAAGUUGAUGGUGAUGAGGCCGAUGCCGAGGAAGCCAAUGGUGCUGGAUCCACGACUGUGUUGGCGAUCAAUGGUGUGGGUACCAAGAACCGAUCCGAGUCUGCAGAGUCCUUGGGCUCGACUGUGGCGGCCGAAUACUCACCCGUUUCAGUGCAGGGCUCAAUUGAUACCUUGGUGGAGGAUACCAAAAUGAUGGAACCCAUGGAUGUGGUGGGUGCCAAAUCAAGGAAGGGAUAUGCACCCCGUCGUCUCCGCAAUCGAAUUCUGUAG